AUGAAGAUUUCCUUCGAAGCCCCAUAUAAGAAAAAGGAAAUCAUUCAGUGCAAGAGAUGUCAGAGAUUUGGGCAUUCCAAGAACCAAUGUUUUAGGCCCUAUCGCUGUGUUAAAUGCGGUAGCGCUCACCCUACAACAACAUGUACUAAAAAACCAGACACUGAGGCUACUUGCGCGAACUGUGAUGAAAAACACCCCGCUAGCUACAAAGGAUGCAAAGUGUACAAACAGUAUAGAGAAAGAAUUCUUAAAUUAGAUUCUAAGUCAAAAGGAAAACCAAUGCCUAACAAUAUAGAGACCAAAAACCUAGAUCCCCACCUGAGUACUAAGACUAACUGCACAGAUAAUCAAAACUUAACUAAAACCUAUUCAGAAGCAGCAAAAACCAAAGAACAAUAUACUCAGCAAAACAUAAAGAACGACUUGGCUGACUUUUCUGAUUUAAUGGACAUAAUGUUCGAAAAAUUACAACAUUCAAUGGUGACAAUGAUGGAAAAAAUCAUGGACAAAAUGAUGGACCGCAUGGUCAAACUAGUCAGCAGCCUCGUGAAAAAAUGA